UUCACAAAAUUAUUAAAUUUUCAGUUAACAAUAAAAUAAGAUCUGCACAAUGGAAGCGCAAGUUAAUGAAAACGAUGAGAUAAAAAUUGGGAUUAUUGGUGAAUCUGGGCUCGACACCCCAAUCAUAUUAAAUGAUAGAAAGGAAUGUGCUGUAUGCACACCCUUUGGGAAGCCUUCAGACAUUAUUAUUGAGGGAUCUAUUGAGAACGUCAAAUGUGCUCUUCUUUCGCGAAGUGGGCGCCUUCAUGAUAUAAUGCCGUCUAAUAUUAAUUAUAGGGCAAACAUUUGGGCUAUGCGUAAGUUAGGAUGUACCCAUAUCCUCGUUACGCACACCGUCAGUUCGCUGCGUGAAAUUAUUAAUCAAGGAGACCUGGUCGUCCCACACGAUAUUAUUGACAACACAACAAAACGUGCUCAAACGUUUUAUGAUGGUGUUGUGGGCAGCCCUUUUGGCGUGUGCCAUCUGCCCAUGUAUCCUGUAUUCUGUGAACGAGCACGAGGUCACCUCCUGAAAGCAGCGAAUGAGCUGGAGCUUCAAGUACACUCUAAGGGAACUGCAAUCACACUUGAAGGACCACGUUAUUCAACUAUUGCUGAAAACAACUUGUAUCGAAAUUGGGGAGCUGAUCUUAUAAGUAUGACUCUAUGUCCUGAGGCAGCAUUAGCUAAGGAAGCGGGCAUUUUAUACGCAUCUCUUGGUUUCGUUACUAAUAAAGAGUGUUGGUGUGCUAACCAGCAAAUAGCAAAUACUCAUGAAAUAAUAUAUACGUUCAGGAAGCAAGUUGACAAAGUGCAGAAGGUUCUGAUUAAUGCUAUCAGAGGAAUUUCCCAAGAAGAUUGGGCAGAAGACAUAUUAAAAGCAAAGAUUUUGGUGUGCAGUAAUUUUUCAAAUCGUAACCAAUAAAAUAUAAUAAAUCAAAAAGAUCCUUUAUGUAAAAA